CGGCUUGAGUCGCUUGCGUGUUCUGCGCUUUAAGGAAUUUACGCGCUUUUUUUGUAGAUACAAUAAACGACUUUAACGUCAGUUAUACAUGUUUUAAAAUCGUACAGUUCGUAGUUUUUUUUAAGUUUCAUUUGUUUUAGUUUAGAACUGUUGACGCACGUGAACUAAUUUCUAAGUGUGUUCGGAUUUAGAGCGUACAAAAGUGCCAAGAGCCUAACCACAGUGCGUGAAUAAUGAAGUCACGGAAGUGACAAGGAUGUCAGUCGAAAUGGAAGUGUCGCCGGGGCAGGCGAACGCACCACGUGCGCUUGGCCGAGCGCACUUGUCUCAUUUGCCUCAUCGACCACCGAUUAACUUAUCGUUUCAAGAUCUCACAUACACGGUGCAGAAUGGAAAGAGUUCGAAAUUGAUCCUACGCGGUAUCAGCGGCGAGUUCCGGUCUGGUCAGCUGACAGCCAUCUUAGGCCCGUCCGGGGCAGGAAAGAGCACACUGCUGAACAUCCUCGCGGGGUAUAGGGUCGUGGGCGCCAAUGGCCUGGUCUGCACGAACGGUGAUCCUCGCAACCUUUCCCAGUUUAGAAAGCUGUCCCGAUACAUCAUGCAGGAAGACCUGCUGCAGCCGUUUAUCACAGUUCAGGAACAGAUGAACAUGGCUGCCGAUCUCAAGCUUGGAAAUGUCAUUUCUAAGGAAAAGAAGUCUGUUGUUGUACAUGAAAUAGUUCAACUUCUGCGUCUGGGCAAUGCGACGAAUACAACCAGUGAACGGCUGUCGGGUGGUGAGAGAAAACGUCUAUCCAUCGCUUUGGAGCUACUCAAUAAUCCCCCUGUUAUCUUUUUGGAUGAACCCACUACUGGUCUAGACGAUGUGGCAUCAUCAACAUGCUUGUCUCUCCUCAAACGAGUAGCAAGAGGUGGUAGAACAGUCAUCUGUUCAGUCCACACGCCUUCAGCUCGUCUGUUUGCGGAGUUCGACCAUGUAUAUGUGGUUGCAGAUGGAAGAUGUGCUUAUCAAGGCACUGCAGCCGGGGUAGUGCCUUUCCUGAAGGAACUGCAACUACCAUGUCCUAUUACUUAUAAUCCUGCUGAUUUUGUGAUAGAAGUUUCAUGUGGUGAAUACGGAAACCAUGUAGAUAGAAUGGUGUCGGCAGUAGAAAACGGUAAAAAUCAAAAAUGGAAAGACUACGCAGUGAAAGAACUGACUUUGGAAGAAAUGGAGAUAGAACUAUUAAACACGGGAGGUGUAGAGAAACAUAACUAUAAGUAUGGAAGUACAGGAUUCCAACAGUUCAUGGUGCUGUUGAAGAGAAUGACGUUGCAGACUUUAAGAAAUAGGGACUACCUGAGACUUCGUACAGGGCUACAUCUCUUUCUGGGUAUCAUCGUGGCAGCGUUGUUCAACAGGAUGGGCCAGGACGCAUCUAAGACUAUCUUCAACUUUGGUUUCUGUUUCGCUUGCGCUAUUGUGAUGCUGUAUACUCCUAUGAUGCCGAUUUUACUAGCCUUUCCAUCAGAAGUGCAAUUAGUUAAAAGAGAAUACUUCAACCGAUGGUACGGUCUAAAGCCCUACUUCGCAGCAUUAGUGGUCUCCAGGACUCCAUGCACCAUCUUUUUCAGCGUCUUGUACAUAUCUAUUACAUAUCCACUGACAUCCCAGCCUUUGGAGUUACCGAGGAUUUUAAUGUUUACUGCAACUUGUAUCAUGAUUGCUUUAAUAUCGGAGAGCAUGGGUACUGUUAUAUCUUCAACUUUGAGUGUUGUUAACUCGGUCUUCACUGGCCCCUGUUUAAGUGUACCUCUCAUGCUGCUAGCGGUUUACGGCAUCGGUAGCGGUGAUGAGCAACCUCCGAUCAUCUGGAAACUUGCAAGAUCCUGCUCAUACCUGAGAUAUGGCCUUGAAGGCUUGGUAGAAGCAGUGUAUGGGCCACCUAGGGACGAUCUGAUUUGUCCUGAUCAUAUAGAUUACUGCGAGUACAAGAAUGUUGCGUAUUUUGUAAAAGAAAUGGGCAUGUCAGGAGUAUCUUUCUGGACGGAUAUGGGGAUCCUGAUCGUGAUGCUUCUCGGGAUGAACCUUUCUGGUUACUAUUUACUAAGGCAACGACUUUCUCCCAACUACGCUUUCAGAGCCCUCAAGUACAUAGGUAGUUUUGUUAAGACAAAAAUGAGUAUUUCCAACCAUUGAAGUAAGAUUCAUUAAUGGUUUUAUUUAUGCAUAUUUUAUUUCUAUUCGUUGUUUAAAUAUUCACAUUCGUUUUUUUGGCACAUAUUCAACGUCAAUAAUAAAGGUAGAAUUAAUUAAUGAACAUUAAGGGUGCAAUCAAAUUGGAUGCUUAUAGAAGUGCUGUAGUGGCGCUGCAACAGCACCACUAGAUACUAUAUGAAAAUUAGUAUUUUCAUACAAUUUUUAGAAGCGCAGCUGCAGUGCCACAGUCGCGUCACGCGCGCGCCUCUGUUGCAGACAAGAUAUUGUAUGAAAAUUGGUAGUGGCGUGGAUGCAGUGCCACAGUGGUGAGACUAUAGCGCUUCUAUAAGCGUCUAAUUUGAAGGCGGGCGCUCUUAUGGCCAUUCGCCGGCUUUUGAAAACCUCGUAACUCCGUUUUUGGACGAAAUCCCUUUUUUACUCUUCAAUGCGGGCAAUUAAAUGUAAGUCCUAGACUCUGUUUUAGUUAUAACAUGAAGGUAUAAUCAUAGAUUGUCAUAUUAUUAUUUCUAGUAAUUCUGUUUUUUGUGUCUAUGGUGUAUGUGAACUUUUGAUCAUAUUAAUGGAGUUCGAGGUUUACGAAUUUAGCCUACGCAUUCUUAUUACAUUUCCGCCAUGAGACAAAAAGUAUUAUAUUAUGUAUCUAAGCAUUUCUUGUACUUUAUGUACCUAUUUAAAAAAUAAUUUUGAAAGCAAUGCAAUUUCGCAUUUACUACCUGUUUGCUAGAAUAUACCAAUUAUUAAU